AUGGCGUCUCCUGCCUCACUCGCCGCGACCUCCGAGCUCGACGUACCAAGCUCCCCCGUCCAGCCCGAAGCCAAAUCAUUUGUCUCCCGAGCCAUGUCCGAGAACGACGAUACCCAGAUGGGCAAUGGCACUCCUGAUCCCCAAACAAAGUCAUCCCGUGCGAAAAGCAAAGCACCACAAAGUAAGGACAAAGACAAGGAAAAGGAAAAGGACGCAGCAAACCAAUCAACAGUUGGCAAGAUACGCCAUUUGAAGAAGGAGGAUGGUGAGCCCCUUUGGAGGGAAGACAUUCAAUACGACUUUCUCAAGGCCGUUUUUGAUAAUGAGCAGACCGUCUUCACCAACUCAUACGAACCUGAGCGGCUCCAGCGGCAAUGUUUUGCUGAUCUUUACAUCGAUACCAUGUCCCGCAGCUCGAAAACUAGCAAAGUGCUCCGAGAUAAGCUUCUCAGUGACAGGGAGGCUGCUAAGGGCAUGGCAAUGGUCUGUCUUCUUGUCAACAUGGGUCGCAUGAACACUACUCUGAAUUUUUUUCCUGAGAUGCGAGCUCAGCUGCGCACAUAUCAUGCCAUCCCUUCACUACAAGCUCGCCAGGAUCCCCAUGCUUACAAGCAGCUUCAAGAUGCUCCUCGCCUCAAGUCUAUCUUGAAAGGUGGCGCAGAUGAUCGAGAAGAACCCAACUCCCUUGAUAAGAUCAAGUCGCUGGACACCCCUCGCACGAAUCCCGUCAAUCUUAUUUUCGUCAUGUGCAAUGCAGCACAGAAGAUUGCAGAGCUUCAUUUCCCACGUGCCCGUGAAUUCCACGAUUUGAUCAUGAAAACCGACUUGACGAGCCAGUCCCGCGCCAAUGCAUUCUUGUGGCUCAUGUGGUUCUACCUUGAGUCCGACUUCACAGAAGAAGGUUGCGAAGAGAAUCCUUUCGGUGCUGGUGUCGACUACGGUCUGGAUGUUGCCAAUCAAGGGGUCCCACAACUCAUAGGGAUGGACAAAAAUGAAGAAGCCGCGGAGAACGUGGACACCGAGGAAGAAAUUGAGUUUGGUCGCACCAAGCAGAAGAUGCGAGCAAAGAUUCUAGAAAUGGACCAGGCCUACCUUAACGAGCGGGACACAAAGAGAGGCAAGAUGCGGCCAUCGUUUGCCGCCGACGAAGGCCCUGCAAUUCUCCCUCGUAUACGGCCAUCCAAACAUGAAUCCGAUAUGGACAGCACCCGGUCAACACCGCCACCAAGAGCACUUGGUGGUCGGGGUCUUAACUCGAGUCGCAGAGGCGCUCCUCUCAAAUAUCAGAUCUUCGAGGGUGCCUCGUCACCAGCACAUCACGUCAACGAAGGAGUCGUGGCCAGGAAACCUCGACCUCCCACAGCACACCAACUAGCUGUUGAGCGAAACAGGAGCCAAAGAGUCGAGUACAUUCUUGAUCGAGGCCUCCGCCGCCAGCAUCACAAGAGUCGAAAGCUCAGAAGACAAGACGGCGCCAUAUUCAGGUCGUAUCAACGGGUCAAUGCUCAAGAGGAUCCAUUUGAAGACAGUGACGAUGAAACCUCCCUACCACGAAAUCUAACUUACGGAGACAAGACUCCAGGAUUAUUCCGCGAGAAGGGUGUGGGCGGGCUUUGCCUUUUGACAAAGGAGAAGGACGAUUUUGGCGAGGAGGUCAGCGCCUAUGCUGCUGCUCUUAGAAGGGCAACAAGACGUUUACGUCGUUGGAGACCACAUGCCCAUGAGCUUGGUGUCAUUCCUACUGUCAAGCGCCCCAGGCCGAAGAAGGCCGAAGAAGAUGACGUGGAUCUGGACCUGGAUGACGAUCUUGAUGGAGAUAAACAAAACGGGGAUCUCAAUGGCGAUGUCACACUUGGAGAUGUCACAGUGGGAGACAUGACGGCCGGCGACAUGACUAUGGGCGACGUCACGAUGGAAGACGCUGAGCUUGAAGACCAAACGGUCCUCCACGACGACGACGAAGUGGACGACGCAGAUCGGACAGAGGUAAUGGGAGACUCCGACAUUGACUAA